GGCCUGUGCGGUGGGAUUUCCCGGCCGGUGUUUCGGGCCCUUUAAGAGGCGACGCCGGAGCCGGAGCCAUUUUCCCCCCUUCGGCCGCGGCGAGGAGGAGCCGGAGCGGGAGUGACACCGGGCCGGACCCAGUGCGACCUGCGGCGGCCUCGGGUGACUCGGGCCAGUGUAGAGGGCCCCAGGCCGCAGGCAAGAGCAGCUGGGCCAAUUCCCUGGCCGGGAGCGGAAGGGGAUGGCGUCGGGCCUGGGCUCCCCGUCCCCCUGCUCGGCGGGCAGUGAGGAGGAGGAUAUGGAUGCACUUUUGAGCAACAGCCUGCCCCCACCCCACCCAGAAAACGAAGAGGACCCAGAAGAGGAUUUGUCAGAAACGGAGACUCCAAAGCUCAAGAAGAAGAAAAAGCCUAAGAAACCGCGGGACCCUAAAAUCCCUAAGAGCAAGCGCCAAAAAAAAGAGCGUAUGCUCUUAUGCCGGCAGCUGGGGGACAGCUCUGGGGAGGGGCCGGAGUUUGUGGAGGAGGAGGAAGAGGUGGCUCUGCGCUCAGACAGUGAGGGCAGCGACUAUACCCCUGGCAAGAAGAAGAAGAAGAAGCUUGGACCUAAGAAAGAAAAGAAGAGCAAAUCCAAGAGGAAGGAGGAGGAGGAGGAGGAUGACGAUGAUGAUGAUUCAAAGGAACCUAAAUCCUCUGCUCAGCUCCUGGAAGACUGGGGCAUGGAAGACAUCGACCAUGUGUUCUCAGAGGAGGAUUAUCGCACCCUCACCAACUACAAGGCCUUCAGCCAGUUUGUCCGACCCCUCAUUGCUGCCAAAAACCCCAAGAUUGCUGUGUCCAAGAUGAUGAUGGUUUUGGGUGCAAAGUGGCGGGAGUUCAGCACCAACAACCCCUUCAAAGGCAGUUCUGGGGCUUCAGUGGCAGCGGCGGCAGCGGCAGCAGUGGCUGUGGUGGAGAGCAUGGUGACAGCCACUGAGGUUGCACCACCUCCUCCCCCUGUGGAGGUGCCUAUCCGCAAAGCCAAGACCAAGGAGGGCAAAGGUCCUAAUGCUCGUAGGAAGCCCAAAGGCAGUCCUCGUGUACCUGAUGCCAAGAAGCCUAAACCGAAGAAAGUAGCUCCGCUGAAAAUCAAGCUGGGAGGUUUUGGUUCUAAGCGUAAGAGAUCUUCGAGUGAGGACGACGACUUGGAUGUGGAGUCUGACUUCGAUGAUGCCAGUAUCAAUAGCUAUUCUGUUUCUGAUGGUUCCACCAGCCGCAGUAGCCGCAGCCGCAAGAAACUCCGGACCACUAAAAAGAAAAAGAAAGGCGAGGAGGAGGUGACUGCUGUGGAUGGUUAUGAGACAGACCACCAGGACUAUUGCGAGGUGUGCCAGCAAGGCGGUGAGAUCAUCCUGUGUGAUACCUGUCCGCGAGCUUACCACAUGGUCUGCCUGGAUCCAGAUAUGGAGAAGGCUCCUGAGGGCAAGUGGAGCUGCCCCCACUGUGAGAAGGAAGGCAUCCAGUGGGAGGCUAAGGAGGACAAUUCAGAGGGAGAGGAGAUCCUGGAAGAGGUUGGGGGAGACGCUGAAGAAGAGGAUGACCACCAUAUGGAAUUCUGUCGGGUCUGCAAGGAUGGUGGGGAGCUGCUCUGCUGUGACACUUGUCCUUCCUCCUACCACAUCCACUGCCUGAACCCCCCGCUUCCAGAGAUCCCCAAUGGUGAAUGGCUCUGUCCCCGUUGUACGUGUCCAGCUCUUAAGGGCAAAGUUCAGAAGAUCCUAAUCUGGAAGUGGGGUCAGCCACCAUCUCCCACACCGGUGCCUCGACCUCCAGAUGCUGAUCCCAAUACUCCCUCUCCCAAGCCGUUGGAGGGGCGGCCAGAGCGGCAGUUCUUUGUGAAAUGGCAAGGCAUGUCUUAUUGGCACUGCUCCUGGGUGUCUGAACUGCAGUUGGAGCUGCACUGUCAAGUGAUGUUCCGCAACUAUCAGCGGAAGAAUGAUAUGGAUGAGCCACCUUCUGGGGACUUUGGUGGUGAUGAAGAGAAGAGCCGAAAGCGAAAGAACAAGGACCCUAAAUUUGCAGAGAUGGAGGAACGCUUCUAUCGCUAUGGGAUAAAACCUGAGUGGAUGAUGAUCCACCGAAUUCUCAACCACAGUGUGGACAAGAAGGGCCAUGUUCACUACUUGAUCAAGUGGCGAGAUUUGCCCUAUGAUCAGGCAUCCUGGGAGAGUGAGGAUGUGGAGAUACAGGACUAUGACCUGUUCAAGCAGAGUUAUUGGAAUCACAGGGAGUUAAUGAGGGGUGAGGAAGGACGACCAGGCAAGAAACUCAAGAAGGUGAAGCUAAGGAAGUUGGAGAGGCCUCCUGAAACUCCAACAGUCGAUCCAACAGUGAAGUAUGAGCGACAGCCAGAGUACCUGGAUGCUACAGGUGGAACCCUGCACCCCUAUCAAAUGGAGGGCUUGAAUUGGUUGCGCUUCUCCUGGGCUCAGGGCACUGAUACCAUCUUGGCUGAUGAGAUGGGCCUUGGGAAGACUGUCCAGACAGCAGUCUUCCUCUAUUCCCUCUACAAGGAGGGUCAUUCCAAAGGCCCCUUCCUAGUGAGUGCCCCUCUUUCUACCAUCAUCAACUGGGAGCGGGAGUUUGAGAUGUGGGCUCCAGAUAUGUAUGUGGUGACCUAUGUGGGAGACAAAGAUAGCCGUGCCAUCAUCCGAGAGAAUGAGUUCUCCUUUGAAGACAACGCCAUUCGUGGUGGCAAGAAGGCCUCUCGCAUGAAGAAAGAGGCAUCUGUGAAAUUCCAUGUGCUGCUGACAUCCUAUGAGUUGAUCACCAUUGACAUGGCUAUCUUGGGGUCUAUUGACUGGGCCUGCCUCAUCGUGGAUGAAGCCCAUCGGCUUAAGAACAAUCAGUCUAAGUUCUUCCGGGUCUUAAAUGGUUACUCACUCCAGCACAAGCUGUUACUGACUGGGACUCCAUUACAAAACAAUCUAGAAGAGUUGUUUCAUCUGCUCAACUUUCUCACCCCCGAGAGGUUCCACAAUUUGGAAGGUUUCCUGGAGGAGUUUGCUGACAUUGCCAAAGAGGACCAGAUUAAAAAACUGCAUGACAUGCUAGGGCCUCACAUGUUGCGGCGGCUCAAAGCUGAUGUGUUCAAGAAUAUGCCAUCCAAGACAGAGCUGAUUGUGCGUGUGGAACUGAGCCCUAUGCAGAAGAAAUACUACAAGUACAUCCUCACUCGAAAUUUUGAGGCACUCAAUGCUCGAGGUGGUGGCAACCAGGUCUCUCUGCUAAAUGUGGUGAUGGAUCUUAAGAAGUGCUGCAAUCACCCAUAUCUCUUCCCUGUAGCUGCAAUGGAAGCCCCUAAGAUGCCUAAUGGCAUGUAUGAUGGCAGUGCCCUAAUCAGAGCAUCUGGGAAAUUAUUGCUGCUACAGAAGAUGCUCAAGAACCUUAAGGAGGGUGGGCACCGUGUACUCAUCUUCUCCCAGAUGACCAAGAUGCUGGACCUACUAGAGGAUUUCUUGGAACAUGAAGGUUAUAAGUAUGAACGUAUUGAUGGUGGAAUCACUGGGAACAUGCGUCAAGAGGCCAUUGACCGCUUCAAUGCACCGGGUGCUCAGCAGUUCUGCUUCUUGCUUUCCACUCGAGCUGGGGGCCUUGGAAUCAAUCUGGCCACUGCUGACACAGUUAUUAUCUAUGACUCUGACUGGAACCCCCAUAAUGACAUCCAGGCCUUUAGCAGAGCUCACCGUAUUGGGCAAAAUAAGAAGGUGAUGAUCUAUCGGUUUGUGACCCGUGCGUCAGUGGAGGAGCGCAUCACGCAGGUGGCAAAGAAGAAGAUGAUGCUGACGCAUCUAGUGGUUCGGCCUGGGCUGGGCUCCAAGACUGGAUCCAUGUCCAAACAGGAGCUUGACGACAUCCUCAAAUUUGGCACUGAGGAACUAUUCAAGGACGAAGCUACAGAUGGAGGAGGAGACAACAAAGAGGGAGAAGAUAGUAGUGUUAUCCACUAUGAUGAUAAGGCCAUUGAAAGACUGCUGGACCGUAACCAGGAUGAGACUGAAGAUACAGAAUUGCAGGGCAUGAAUGAAUAUUUGAGCUCAUUCAAAGUGGCCCAGUAUGUGGUGCGGGAAGAAGAAAUGGGGGAGGAAGAGGAGGUAGAACGGGAAAUCAUAAAACAAGAAGAAAGUGUGGAUCCUGACUACUGGGAGAAAUUGCUGCGGCACCAUUAUGAGCAGCAGCAAGAAGAUCUGGCCCGAAAUCUGGGCAAAGGAAAAAGAAUCCGUAAACAGGUCAACUACAAUGAUGGCUCCCAGGAGGACCGAGGUGUGUGUGGCCGGCCCCGCCCCCCACCCAUGGGCCGUUCCACUAGAGCAGUGGGCCCCGCUCAUCUGCCCUCUCUCCCUCCAGAUUGGCAGGACGACCAGUCCGACAACCAGUCCGAUUAUUCAGUGGCCUCAGAGGAAGGUGAUGAAGACUUUGAUGAACGUUCAGAAGCUCCCCGCAGGCCCAGUCGUAAGGGCCUGCGGAACGAUAAAGAUAAGCCAUUGCCUCCUCUGUUGGCCCGUGUUGGUGGGAAUAUUGAAGUACUUGGUUUUAAUGCUCGUCAGCGAAAAGCCUUUCUUAAUGCAAUUAUGCGAUAUGGGAUGCCACCUCAGGAUGCUUUUACCACCCAGUGGCUUGUGAGAGAUCUGCGAGGCAAAUCAGAGAAAGAGUUCAAGGCUUACGUCUCUCUUUUUAUGCGGCAUUUAUGUGAGCCGGGAGCAGAUGGGGCUGAGACCUUUGCUGAUGGUGUCCCCAGAGAAGGCCUGUCUCGCCAGCACGUUCUUACCAGGAUUGGUGUUAUGUCCUUGAUUCGCAAGAAGGUUCAGGAGUUUGAACAUGUUAAUGGGCGCUGGAGCAUGCCUGAACUUGCUGAAGUAGAGGAAAACAAAAAAAUGUCCCAGCCCGGGUCACCUUCCCCCAAGACUCCUACACCCUCCACUCCAGGGGACACGCAACCCAAUACUCCUGCACCUGCUCCACCUGCCGAGGAUGGGAUAAAAAUAGAGGAAAAUAGCGUCAAAGAAGAGGAGAGUGCAGAAGGAGAAAAGGAGGUUAAAUCUGCAGCCCCUGAGGCCACCGCUGAGUGUACACAGCCCCCUGCCCCUGCCUCAGAGGAUGAAAAGGUCCUUGUUGAACCUCCUGAGGGAGAAGAGAAGGUGGAAAAGGCAGAGGUGAAGGAGAGAACAGACGAACCUAUGGAGACAGAGCCCAAAGGUGUUGCUGAUGUGGAAAAGGUGGAGGAGAAGUCAGCAAUAGAUCUCACCCCCAUUGUGGUAGAGGACAAAGAAGAGAAGAAAGAAGAAGAAGAGAAAAAAGAGGUGAUGCUUCAGAAUGGAGAGACUCCCAAGGACCUGAAUGAUGAGAAGCAGAAGAAAAAUAUUAAGCAGCGUUUCAUGUUCAACAUCGCAGAUGGUGGUUUUACUGAGUUGCAUUCCCUUUGGCAGAAUGAGGAGCGGGCAGCCACAGUCACCAAGAAGACUUACGAGAUCUGGCAUCGACGGCAUGACUACUGGCUGCUGGCUGGCAUCAUAAACCAUGGCUAUGCUCGGUGGCAGGACAUCCAGAAUGACCCACGUUAUGCCAUCCUCAAUGAGCCUUUCAAGGGUGAAAUGAACCGUGGCAAUUUCUUAGAGAUCAAGAAUAAAUUCCUAGCCCGAAGGUUCAAGCUCUUAGAACAAGCCCUGGUGAUUGAGGAACAGCUGCGCCGGGCAGCUUACCUGAACAUGUCAGAGGACCCCUCUCACCCUUCCAUGGCCCUAAACACCCGCUUUGCUGAGGUGGAGUGUUUGGCGGAGAGUCAUCAGCACCUGUCCAAGGAGUCAAUGGCAGGAAACAAGCCAGCCAAUGCAGUCCUGCACAAAGUUCUGAAACAGCUAGAAGAGCUGCUGAGUGACAUGAAAGCCGAUGUGACUCGACUCCCAGCUACUAUUGCCCGAAUUCCCCCAGUUGCUGUGCGGCUACAGAUGUCAGAGCGUAACAUUCUCAGCCGCCUGGCAAAUCGAGCACCUGAACCUACUCCACAGCAGGUAGCCCAGCAGCAGUGAAGAUCCACACUGAUGAUACCACCUCCACCGCUGAGCAGUGACCUUCCUCACUUUCCCUUGCCCAGCUUCUCAUGUGGGGGCCUGAGAGACCCUCUCCUUCCUUCUGCCCCAUCUUCCAUGUUGUAAAGGAACAGCCCCCAGUGCGCUGGGGGAGGGGAGGGAGUGAGGGGCAGUGGUGCCCUUCCUGCUGGAGAGACUGCAGCAGUAGCGCCGGCGCCAUCUGCAGGGAGCUGGCGGGCUGGCCUUCUGGGCCCUGGCUUCUCCCCACUGUAACGUCUGUUACACACAAACUGUCGUGGGACCCGCCAGGCUUGAAGAAAAUGAUCUGAAUUUCUUCCUCCUUUUGGUUUUAUUUUGUUGGUUUAUUUUGUGUUUCCUUUUCUCCUUUUUUGGGGUAUUCAGAGUGGGCCGGGCCCCUGGGCGAGACACAGCUACCUCUGUUGGCAUCUUUUUAAUACCAGGAACCCAGCGGCUCCAGCCACUGAGCAGAUAGAAUAAAAUAAAGUGGAAAAAAAAAAAAAAAAGGAAAAGAACCAAAAGCAUAAAAAACCACAGCAAAUUUCUUGGUGAAAAUUGAAAAUAAAAGUUUCCUUGUAUUUUAGUGCUCUGGUUCAGUGUGAGUGUAGGUCCAGGUGGAUGAGUGUGUAUGACAGGAGCCCUGGGACAUGUGCAGUUUGGAAACUAGGGGGCUACCUUGUGUUCUGGAGUUCACAAAAGAGCCGCGGACCGCCUGCGUGCAUGUGUCCCAUGGCCCUGGACCAAGGAUGAGCAGCACCUGUGGAAGAUGAGCAGCUCCCAAACCGCCCGGGUCAUACCUGCGCCGCGGGUUACCGGUUCUGUAACCUUGAGGAAGUGAACUACUAUGGGCUGUCGAUUUCUCAUGUAUAAAAUAAAGAUAUCUUCCUAACA